AAAGAACCAGAACCAGAGCUGAAAUCCGUGAAUUUAAACACAGCUUCAAACGCUAACGCUACAUCAGAUGUUAAGUUAGAGUAUCCACCACUGGACCAAAUUCUUUCAAGAGAAGCCAACGACAACCUUACACAAAUGUUCAAACAAAUCCUUCAGAUAACGUAG